AUGGCUGGAACAAACGAUGAUAUCGCCAACAAAAUCUACGGGCAAUGUCGCGAGAAGUUCUCCGCCAGCCAGCUGAUUUAUCAGAACGACAUUCUGAACCUGGGCUUAAUUCCGAACAAAAACCUAGAGAUUCUCCUCGCGUGCACCCAGAUACUAGUCAACAGGAAUCUGUUUCGGGUUUAUCAAGAUAGCGAUAACCGUAUAGCUUGGAAGCUCAUAGCUGCAGAGGAUGCUGAAAAAAUUCAGAGCUUGAACGAAAAUGAGAGGAUCGUAUACAACGUCAUCCAUUCAACGGGACGCACUGGUAUUUGGAUUCGCCAGCUGGGAAAGCGAACCGACCUACACAAAACAAGCUUAGACAAGGCUCUCAAAGCCCUUGAAGGGAAAAAUUAUAUCAAGUCAAUCCAAAAUGUCAAACAUCCCGGUAAAAAGGUGUACAUGCUCGCCGAGCUCACUCCGGCCGAAGACGUUACGGGAGGCGCAUGGUUUACAGAUGGAGUUCUGGAUGCAGAGUUCAUCGGCGUGCUUUCCGAUUUCAUUGAAGACUUUGUCAGCAAGAGGACUUGGUAUGCAGUAACAACGAAGCAGACCGACAGCGGCAGCGGCGGCAACAAAAGGCAAAAGUUGAACAGCGGCGAAAUCAUCAAAACAGAACCCACGACGACGACAACACCGACAGCGGUAGAGAAGCGAUAUAUCCCUUAUCCAUUUUCCUAUCCAUACUUUCCGACAGUGAAAGAGAUCACAGCCGCAGUCAACAAAAUCGGCAUCACUCCUGUCAAUCUGAACGAAGAUAGCAUCGAUCAACUUCUUCGCAUGAUGUGCUUUGAUGGCAGACUCAUCGCUGUGAACGACAACCAAAACUACAAGUCCUGCCGCCGGCCCGAUGAUGUUGCAAAGUCGCGUGCAGCAGAUGCAGGUCGUGUACCGGAGGUACAGCAAAAGAUUUUUUUUAACGGGAAGAAUGGCAUAGCCGAGGCGCCUUGUGGACAGUGUCCCGUAUUCAAACUCUGCCAGCCUGGUGGUGCUGUGAAUCCGGACAACUGUGAAUAUUUUGAUCCGUGGAUUGAAAAGGCUUUCCAGUUUUGA